CUUAUUGGGAGCUAAGUCUAAAAUUGAACAAAAGAAAAAAUUACACGGAGCUCUCCAAGAUCAUCUUCCCUUCUCUCUCUCUCCCUCCAAAUAUGCCUCCAUUUCCGUCCCUUGGUCUGUGGCGCCCCUCCCAUUAACCUACGCACUCCCGGCGCACAAAAUGGAGGCGCCCUCCUUUGUCUCCAAAGCGAGGACGGCCCUCCAUUCUGCGGCAGCGAAAGCGGAGCGAGUCAUCACAGACAUCAAAUCCGAUUUAAAAAGCGAUCGAGAUUCUGAUAAGCAAUCGUCGAAUUCAAAAAUAUCCGAACCGGAAUUGUCGAAGAAGAAUGCCGAGGUAAAGACCAAUCAUGAACGGAAGCAUACAAGGUGGAGAUCUCCACAAAAAGUGACUAAGCAAGAUUGGCAUGACAGAUUGAAGAAUAUCAGAAUAGGGAAGAAAGGUGUUGACAACACUGAGAAAUCUGAUAAUUCAACAAUGUCCUUUCAUAUUUUUGAUGAAAAUUUGUACCCAAAGAGCCCAAAAAGUACUUCUGAAGCAAAGGGUUCGGAUGUGUUUUCAUUUGCAGAAGUUUCUAAUGCCAUUGACGUGAAUAACAUUCCUCCAUCAUCUGUCAUUAAACAAUUAGCUGUAGCCGUUGAGACCGGGAAGAAGUUUAAGUCAAUGAAAGAUCUUAUGGUGUCAUCCAGAGAUUCUUCACCAGUCAGAGAGAGAGCAGGCUUGAGUCUUUCUGCAGUGAAGUCAUUAGUGCUUCGUGAGGAAAAGCCUACAUCUGAGUUUGGUGAUAAUGAGAAAGUUCUCUCUUUGAUCCAUUUGCUGCUUGAUGCAGAGGGAGAUUUUCUCAGAAGGAAGUUUGGCUCUGAUGCGGAGACACUUGCUACCAAAAUGUCUUUGCCUAGAGAAAUUCAUGCUGCUCCUCCUGAAAGCUUGGUCGUUAAGCUUUCUGAAGUCAUUGGAAACUUCAAGACUCUGCGAAAAAUGGCAAUAUUUUGGUGUGGGGUUGUCGCUGAACUGAGAAAACUUUGGUCUGAGGAGCAAUAUGUACCUGGCAUCCCCCUGGAUGAGAUUCCAGAUCUAAAUUGUUGUCUUUUAUAUCAGCAGUUGCAGGUUAUUAAUUGUUGUAUUUCCAGGAAAAGGCGCCAUGUUAUUGCCACUGAAUCAUUAGACUCUGUAAUAAGAGAAGCUGGUUCAAACAUCGAAGAGCCUUUUGUUUCCAAAGGUCUGGUUGAUGAAAAAUCUAUUUUAUAUGCUAGAAUUAGCACUGGGGAACUUGUCCUUCGAUUGGGAGCUGGUCGCCCAUCUGACAAUUUAAUGAUGUUGGAAACUGGUGAACCAAUCUAUGUCCCUGUUACCCAGGAAGGACCUUUGCUUACAGAAGAUCUUAUAAAAGAAACAGAGGAGUUUGUUCUACGAACAGGGAGUGUUGGUGCUGGAUGUUCUCAACUACUUUCAGACAUGCAGGCUUUCAAGGCUGCAAAUCCUGGAUCUAUUUUAGAAGAUUUUGUGAGAUGGCAUUCACCGCCUGAUUGGACUGAUACUGAGCCUAGUGAUGAGUUUAAAGACACCUUUGAUGGAGGUGAUUCAUUGUCUGCAAGAGGUCAACUCAGUAGUAGAAUGCGCAAGGAAGGUAAUUUGUGGUGUGAACUGUGGAAGACAGCCAAACCAUUGCCAGCUGUUAAACAAGCACCCCUCUUUGAUGAGGAUUUGGCCGUGGAAGGUAUUCUACAUUUCCUAGACGACAUCCCACCUUCUGAGCUUUUUAAACAACUGUUUGUUUCUUUACUUGGUUUGGGAUUUGUAAUUGCCGAGGCCACACUCUCCACAAAUAGUAAUUUGUCAAAGCUUUUUCAUGAGUGCAAAGACUACACUAUUGCUACUUGUCAAAGAGGCACCUGGAUUGACAAAAUUGAUGAUCUUUGCCAGGUGUAUGAAACCGUGGAGAUGAUGCUGCUCCAUCCAGAGGAAAUAUUAAAGAUCAUGAAGCAACCAGAAGAGGCGGCUGCCAAUGCAGAUGAACCAAAGCGUAGGUUUAGGAGGCUUGCUCAGAUCUUUGGUGGUAAAGAUAGACCAGCAAGAAAACCAGCAUCAAAAGACCAAAAUGUCUCUGAAGAGAACCCUAUCCGGCAACCAUUCUCUAAUAUGUUUGAUGGCAGGUCAUCUUUAUUUUCGAAGAAGCCUCCUAAACCUGACAGCACAAUUACUGCUGACAAACCUCCUCUAGAAGAAAACGAUUGGACGAUUGUAUGAACAUACAUGAUUUUGUUGAUAAUUGUAAUAUAUUUUGAAACAACCAGCUAAUGAGAUUUCCAUUAGCAAAAAAAAUUGUAAUAAUUUUCUUGUUUGAUUUCCAAAGGAAUGAAGAAAUAUAAAAAGCUUUCGGUGUC